AUGGCAGCAGUCAGAGACAGCUUUCUUGACCUCGAAAGGCAUCGUUUGCAAUUAGAGGACAGCAUUGCCAAGCUGCAAAAGGCUUUGCAGCACUGGCAAAAAUGGGAUGCAGAGUAUGAAUCCUUGAAAGAGGAGAUUGAGUCUGUCCCUCAGCCUGCCAGUCGAGAGGACCUUGCGCGCAUUCGCAGAGACUUUGAGGGCGAGGUCGUCGACAAGAAGGAGAUCAACGACCUAUUCGGCCGCAUCGACCUCAAGCCAGCCGAGCAGAUUGUCAACCUGCUGUCGCGUCGUAUCGACUAUGUGUCCAAGAACAUUGAGACACUAGAAAAGCAGCUUGAGUCCGCCGAACAGAAACACGCGGCUGCCAGCGUUGUCAGCAACCCAGACGUCCGGGAUGAGGAUGGCCUGCCUAUAACGGAGAUUAUCGAGGAGCUUGACGAGGAGGGCAACGUCGUCUCCAGUCGUUUGCAGCGACCUGGCGACUCGAGCGCCCAGCUCAAAGAGAUCUUGGAAAAAGCAGGCGUCAAGGACAUCCCCGCCGGGAAGUCUCGGGAAACCGAAAAGACCGACGCUAUUGUCGAGGAUGUUACAGAUGCGCCCACCGCUGAGGCGCCUGUGGCGCCUGCCGAGCAGGCUACGGCUACAAAAGAGGCAGAGGUCGAGGCCAAGGCGGACAAUACCGUUGCUGUCAAGAAGUCUGUGUCUUUCGCCGAGGACACCAAACCACCGACGGAGCCGCAGGUGUCAAGGACUGCCCAGCGCGUCGAAGAGAUCAUGCAAACCGCCAAGAGCCAGGAAGAGCUCAGCCGCCAACCGCCUGUCAUACCCGAGGGCGAGUCCGAGGAAGACGCUUUUCUCCGUCGGGAGAUGCUCAAGUACGGCAUGGAAGAAGUCGGAGCAGUGGUGGCUGAGCUCAACCUUGAAGAAGGUUCCGGCGAUGAUGAUGACGACUGGGAGUAUGAGUACUCUGACCUGGACGAGGACGACGAAGAGGACAAAUAUGGACGGUCCAAGACCAGCGUACUCGACGAGGGAUACCAUCAGCGGAUGUUGGAGCUCGAGAAGCGGCUGGGAGUCAAGUCUCGCUUCACUGAAAAGGUCGAAGCAGAGGCGGAUGAGUCAGACGACGACCAGCAAGGCAUCGGUCGCAUUGUUGUGAGCCACGGCGACAAGGGCAAGGCGGUGGAGUCUGCCAAGCCAUCGCCUGCUCCCACUUCAUCGAUUCUACGCACAUCUUCGCCAACCGAGGCGGAUGACAGCAAGAAGAGCGUUCGCUUUUCUCAGAGCCUGGACAUUGCCCCCGAUACAGAGGUUCCAGCAACGAUUCCAGCACCGGUUGCGCCGCAGCCUGCACCUGAGCCCUUCGUGGAACCUCUGAGCGACAUUGUCGAGCGAACUGGUCCCGCGAAGCAGACAGGAGUCAAUUCCAGCCGGAAGGCGUCUCGUUUCAAGAAGCAGAAGGCCGCACCAACUGUCGUCGAUGACGAGUUCGUCCCGAUGGGUCCGCGCGACGUCCCCUCGCGAUUCCUUGACCAGGACAGGCCGACAGCCCCGACUGGUCCUGAGGGAAAGACGCUGGCGGAUGCGGUCGUUGAGAAGGCGACCAAGCCUCAUGACGAAGAUGCCUACGAUGACGAGUUCAUCGACCAAGAUCUUGCUGACGAAUACCACCGUCAACGACGGAACUUCAUUCAGAAGCAAGGCGGCUUUCUGCAAGAAGACACGUCGGUGGUCCGGCCCUUGGACGAAGCUGAUGGCGGUCAGCGAAUCAGCAAGUUCAAGGCUGCUCGACUUUCCAAGCAGUAA